AUGUCUAGUUCCGCACCAUCACAACCAACAGUAACCAACCCGGCACCCAGCACGCAGCCGGCUGCACAUCCCAGCACCAGCGCCGACAGCCCCGUCUACAAAUUUACCAUAUCUGACCCCGACACGGCAGCGACGUUCAACGUCCCCGCGUCGGCCGUUAUCGCCGCCCGCAAGGCUGCCAACCCGGCCAAUGUGAUGUACACGGCUCUCGGCACGGGCGCCAUCGUCUUCAACCGCGCCCGGACCGCCGUGCUGCUCGUCCAGCGCUCCGCGGCCGACAGCAUGCCGAACCUGUGGGAGGUGCCCGGCGGUGGGGUGGAUGACUCGGACGCCACGGUCGUGCACGCGGUCGCGCGGGAGCUGUGGGAGGAGGCUGGGUUGGUGGCGAGGCGCAUCGGGGCAGUAGUGCCUGCCGUGGAGGGCGGGCCCACCGAGUUUGUCUUUGCGACGAGGAGCGGCAGGAUCGUGGGCAAGUUUAAUUUUGUAAUCGGGGCAGACGGAGACGAGCAUGACGUCAGGUUGGAUCCCAAUGAGCAUCAGGCGUGUGUCUGGGCGACCGAGGAGGAGUGCAGGGAUGAGAAGAUGGGGACUGGGCUGGCGAUACCGUUUACAACGAAAUCGCAAAAGGCAACGGUGCUCCAGGCUUGGAGGAUGAUGCGGGAGGGAAGGGAUGGCCUUGGUGGCACUGAGGAUGGCUCUUAG